GGGUUUGAUUAUGCAUAACGAGAGACUGCCGCGAGGUCAACUUCUUAGAAAUAUGCACUCGAAGCAAAUAUCAAAACACUGUGAACAGAAUUGUCGUGUCAAGCUUUAAAUACGAAAAGAAAUAAUCAUUGGUGUGGAUAUUUUAAAAGGCUUGUGGUGUUUGCCACAUUUACUUUUGACGUCCAAACCACGUGCAUCGGAUGAAGAAAAGAAAACAAUGGUUGACUUUCGUUCUGGGCAGAAGUGGACGGACUUGAGUCGGAAACUGGUUCAAAGUUUUGAAAAUGAUUUUAGUGACGAUAUAAUUAAAAGGAGACAAGAAUUUCAGAAGUUCCAAAAGUUAACAGCUGCUCUUUCAGGUUUGUUAGGGAUGAAGGUGUUUUGGAGUGGAAGUAUUGUGGAAGGUAGCAUGAUGGACCCAACGGCACGAGGUUUAGAAGCCGACGUGAUGAUUUCCCCAACAAACUUGAUCCUUUCUCGAGAUCAACAGAGGGAAAUGUUCGAGUACAUUUCUGAAGUACAUGGAUACGUAAGACUUCGAGUCACAGAGGACCUAGCAUUACACCUGAGAGACGCCGUUUCGGAACUUAAUGUUAGAAGAAACGUUGACAGUGGCGCAGUGUUUAUCGUCUCUGACUUUGCAUCUGGGGAAUCAGAUAUAAUAUCAGAACUCCCCGAUAAUUUCUUCACAAGAGCGCUUUCUGACACUCUGCAUUUCGAUAGUCUCUUCACUUGUGUUUCCCCUCAAGGACCUGCCUGUAACCAAGUUGUCGAGGGUUUUGCACACAUCUUUGAAGGGAUCACCAGUCCUAAACAAUUACUACAGAAAUUUGCAAUCAAUGCUGGAAAUAGAUACAUUUCAAAACUGACAAAGCAAGAAAAAUAUGGUGACAAAUUGAUGACCAGAGGAGAAACUCCAACAAAACAAAAAGCUUUUGACUAUAUUAGCUUGUCGAGAACGCAACCUAAUUCUAUCAGCUUGGACUCUGUCUUCUCGCUGGAAUGUACAGGCUGGCCGGAGAUCGCUUCAGAGUACUUCAACAGGGACAGAAACUGGCCACCCUUAUCGACACUCAACAAGAUACGCAACGACGGCUUCCAUCUUGUGUACAAACCGCUGGACAAGGAAUCCGCAGACUCGGUUGAGUGGCGAAUCUCAUUCUCCAAAGCAGAAGCUGCUCUCUUCAAUUCCAUGAGCCCUCUCAUGAUGCAUUGCUACCGCAUUUUUAAGACCAUCUAUUACUGCGAGCUGACAUUGCCCAAGGUCCUUUGCUCAUAUUACAUGAAGACGAUCUUCCUGUGGGCGUGCGAGCGGCUCCCUGAAGAUGUCUGGGACGAGUCUAACCUGGCGCAAGUGGUUUUGGGAUUGCUUGACGAACUUGUGCAUUGCCUGGUUACCAAGUCCUGCCCACAUUACUUCAUACCAGAAUGCAAUCUGCUUGAGCAUGCGCAUCAGGAUUUCCUUCUUGAUCUGGCGAGAAAGGUGCUGGAGAUACGCACCCACCCUGACAGGUAUCCCAAAAGUCCAACUAAGCCAGAUGGCGAGAAGUCACACCAGGCCUCCUGGUCGAACGUGGAGGGAGAUAUUGAGCUGGACUAAAUUUUAUAAUCACCAAAAAAGGCUUAAACACGAGGUUCAGCUAUUAAAGCCCCUCCCACCCCCGGGCCCAAAUUUGCAAUCAUAACCAUAACACUGCCAAGCUAGCAGUCACAAAAAAACAUAUCUGUUUUAAAAGUUGUCAUCCGUUUUUCCCCCGGUCUUCGCCUUAUCGGGAGAUUGUAUAACAUACUUAGAGGCUUUAAUAUUUAACUUGCUUUUGCAACCACUAAACGGUACACUCUUUUUUUAUAAUGACGUCUAAUUUACAGUUGAGGCUGGGACAUUUUAAGGCUGAAUAAGUUCUUACGGUGUUCUUAAAUUUUAGUGUAUAUAAGAAUAUAAUAUCCAAUAAAUUAUUAGGAAUAGAAAUACACUAAUGAUCAAUAGCAAUAAUAAGAUUGUUACUCUGAGCACAAUUUGAUUCUGCAUUAUAGAACACAACAGGACUAUAAAAGAUUUUGUUUUCUGCUAUCUGAGCCUUGGCAUGUUCUUAGCAUGUUCUUAAAAUUUGGUGAAAUCUCAGGCUGGACGUUCUUAUAAAAAAAGGUUCUUAUAAAAAAAAGAGUGUAACUAUGUUAAAUGAUUUCGCCGCAACUUGCAGAUAAUCUUGUUUUUACUCGCCAUACGUUUCAUGACAGGGUCAAAAAAAAUAAAAAAUAAUAAAUAAAAAAUAAUCUAUGCUCUGGCUUCUCGUGAUUCCCACACGUACGAUUCAUAUAUGAGUACACCGAUUGUUUCUCAGGAUAAGCUUAUUUGGAAAUAGUUUAUUCAUCGAGAAUAAUCAGUCAUGCUUCUUGUUUCUCUCAUUCUUAUAUAAUCUCAACAUACAUUAGGCUAUAGAGUACAAGCUUAGAUGGCUGAUUGAUAGCUAAUCCCCAGCAUAGAGACAAUCUUGGGAAAACGAGAGACAAUCACAGACGUUCGCGCUUCAUUAGGGCAAAGGCUAUAGGAAUUUUUCCUUCCCGUAUUUUCCCCGAAGACGUGAGCAUAAAAAGUGUCAUUUUGAUGUAAAUGGAACACAUUGACAGAUCUUGAUAUGUGUAAAUGAUAGGUGCAGCCUAAGGGAUAAUAGAGUUGUGACCAUUACUAAUUUAAUAAAUAUGUUAUCCUAAAAUAAUCUCCUAAUCCGACAUCUCAUCCAAAACAAGAGAGUAUGCUUAUAACCCGAAUCACUACUAAGUACUAGGCCCUGCUGACUCACAAGGAUUAGAAAAUUGCUUUUUAGCUCUAGCAAUUAUAGCAGACACACACAAUUGAAAAAGCUCAACCAAAAAGGGGCUGGAAGAUAACGCAAAAUUUGAGAUACUGAGUAUUUGUCAUUAAACGACCUUUAGAUUAAUGCAUAGAAUGGCUUAUGAGAGUGUAGGACUUUUGUAAAAAAAUUUUCCCUUGGGGAGACUUACUCACUAUACAAUUAUUAUGUAAAUGAUUACAUGGCAUUUCUGGAAAAAAGGUCCAAAUAUGGAGAGUAGAUUUCCAGCUUGUCGUUGGAAAAAGUCUCAUGUCCCGGAUGUGCAGGAGGACCGGGAACAUUUCAAAAACGCAAAAGCCUUUCUUUUAGUAAAACAAUAAACAGAUAUCAGAACGAUAAUGAUAAAACAUCCCAUUUAAUUCGCUCUAAUACACCCUAAUGGUUUACGAAUUGAUUUUCCACGUCAGAUCAACGCGGGCUAAAAAGGACCGCAUUUGAGUUGUCUCUCAGUUGCUUUUCAUGGAAGCCUUCGGGAUAUUUUACCAAAAGCGCUUCAAUUUAUCAGGUAACACGAAGCGGUCUCUGAGUAGAAAGUGCUUCAAUUUAUCAGGUAACACUAAGCAGUCUCUGAGUAGAAAGUGCUCCAAUUUAUCAGGUAACACGAAGCGGUCUUUGAGUAGAAAGGGCUUCAAUUUAUCAGGUAACACUAAGCGGUCUCUGAGUAGAAGCUUAUGCAUGCUUUAUCUCUGAUAUCCAUUGAUGGAGCUUGUAUGAAAAAGCUAACGGUCUGACUUUUUGGAAAGCUCGAAAACAGUCAAUUUAUGCUGAAUAGCCAAAAUACUCAUCCAAGAUUAAAAGUUUUUUUUUAUUUAUGUAAUGCACAACUUUGAGUGAAAGUCUUAACUUAAGCAAGUGUACAGUAGGGUUAAUAAAAUACAUUUACGAGUGUAUAGUAUUGGUGAAAAAUAGGCCAUGAUCUACUCAGGCUUAACUAAAAUCUAAUUGCAAGAACAAUGUGUCUAUGAUUUUAGUUAUUUUUGCCAAAAUAGAUAGAACUUAUUUGUGAACGAUUUUGUCCUUUUUACAGGAUUAAAAUGGCUUCAUUCAA